UGAAACCCUGCGAAAUAAAAGAUUAAUCUAGUCCAGUGGACCCUGUGGUUCCUCACCUCUGAGCGAGUCAGCACCGAAGACCCAGCCGGCCUCCCGCCAUGUAUCGCCUGGCGGCAACCCGAGACCGGUUCUCCGCAUUCAAAGUUACCUGCUCUGCCAGAACGGACCGAUGAGAAGGCUACAGGGAUUGAGGUGGACCCCAAGCUCGGCGGAGUAAGGAGUGAGUGACUCUUCCGCCUCAGAGCUGCGGCAAGAGAGGAAUGGAGGAUGAACAGGAACCGCCCUUACAGCCUCGCACCCAGAUUCAAGGCAGGGUCCUGUUCCUGACCAUCUGUGCAGCUGGCAUUGGUGGGACUUUUCAAUUUGGCUACAACCUCUCCAUCAUCAAUGCCCCGACUGUGAGGCAGAACUCUGUGGGAGAAAAGGCCUAUCCUGUGGAGGCUGACUGGCAUCUGUGUCCACAGCACAUUCAGGAAUUCACCAAUGAGACGUGGUGGGUGCGAACUGGCUGGCCACUGCCUGACCACCUGGUUCUGCUUGUGUGGUCCCUCAUCGUGUCUCUGUACCCCCUGGGGGGCCUCCUUGGAGCACUGCUUGCAGGGCCCUUUGCCAUCAUGCUGGGAAGGAAGAAGUCCCUCCUGGUGAACAACAUCUUUGUGGUGGCUGCAGCGAUCCUGUUUGGCUCUAGCCGCAGAGCAGGUUCCUUCGAGAUGAUCAUGCUGGGACGGCUGCUCAUGGGCAUCAGUGCGGGUGUGAGCAUGAACAUCCAGCCCAUGUACCUGGGGGAGAGCGCGCCCAAGGAGCUCCGUGGAACUGUGGCCAUGACCUCAGCCAUCUUCACCGCCCUGGGGAUUGUGAUGGGUCAGGUGGUCAGUCUCAGGGAGCUCCUGGGUGGCCCACAAGCCUGGCCCCUGCUACUGGCCAGCUGCCUGGUGCCCGGGGUGCUCCAGCUCGCUUCCCUGCCCCUGCUCCCUGAGAGCCCACGCUACCUCCUCAUUGACUGUGGAGACCGUGCGACCUGCCUAGCAGCCCUGCAGCGGCUGCGGGGCACCACAGAGGUGAUGGUGGAACUGGCCGAGCUGGAGGAGGAACGUGCUGCCUGCCGGGGCCGGCGCGCACGGCGCCCCUGGGAGCUGUUUAAGGAUGGCACCUUCCGGAGGCAGGUGAUUAGUCUCGUGGUCCUGGGCAGUGCCAUGGAGCUCUGCGGAAAUGACUCGAUAUACGCCUAUGCCUCCUCCGUGUUCCGUGAGGCAGGAGUUCCCGAGGACAAGGUCCAGUACGCCAUCGUCGGGACUGGGUGCUGUGAGCUGCUCACAGCAUUCAUCAGUUGUGUGGUCAUUGAGAGAGUGGGUCGGCGGGUGCUGCUCAUGGGGGGAUACUCCCUGAUGACCUGCUGGGGGAGUGUCUUCACAGCGGCCCUGUGCCUGCAGAGCUCCUUCCCGUGGAUGCCCUACCUGGCCAUGUCCUGCAUCUUUGCCUUCAUCCUCAGCUUUGGCAUCGGCCCUGCCGGAGUGACAGGAAUCCUGGCCACAGAGCUGUUUGACCAGACGGCCCGGCCUGCUGCUUACAUGGUCUGCGGGGCGCUCAUGUGGACCAUGCUCUUUCUGGUCUGGCUGGGGUUCCCCUUCCUCAUGGAGGGAUUGUCCCACUUCUUCUAUGUGCCUUUCCUCGGUGUCUGUGUCUGUGGGGCCAUCUACACAGGUUUCUUCCUCCCUGAGACCAAAGGCAAGACCUUCCUGGAGAUCUCUGAGGAAUUGCACAGACUCAACUUUCCUGGGCAGAGCCAGGGCCCCAUGUGGAGGAGCCCAGAGGUCAUCCGGUCCACAGAGCUGUAGUUCCACAGGUGUGGCUGGGGCCCAGAUCCAGCUGCUGUUCUUCUCUUUGCUUCCUCUCCAUUCACUAGCUCUUGCAUUUGUUUGUUUAAUGAGUAGGUACUUAUUAAAUGAGCACCUACUGUAUCUAGGCAUGGUGCCAGGUGCUUAGCAAUAGUGGUGAGCCAGACAGAUGGAAUACGGGACCUCUUGGUGCGCCGCAUCUAGAGGCAGUCAACUAACAGGAGACCAAUACAGACAUAGCUACAAAUUUGGGGAAAUGCAGUGGAGGAAAAAAUAUAGGUUGUGAAGAGAGAGAGUGUGUGUGUGUGUGUGGGGGGGCCAGGGGAGCUGACCUAGUUUGAGAGGGGCAUGAUCAGAAAAGGGUUUUCUUUAAAGGAUCAACUUUAUUGAGGUAUAAUUUACAUAUAGUAAAUGUAUCCAUAUCAAGUAUACAUUUGAUGAGUUUUGACAGAUUUAUCCACCCAUGAAACCACCAAACCACCACAAUCAAGGUAGAACAUUUAUUCAGAUCACUCCAAAAUCUCCCUCAUGCCUCUUUGCAGUCAAUAACCCACCCCACCCCCAGUCCCAAACAACCACUGACCUGCUUUCUAUCACUUACAUCGGAUUUGCCUUCUUUAGAAUUUGAUGUAAUUCCAUACUAUAUGUAUGUAUUUGUGUCUGGCUUUGCUCCAGAUAAAUUUUUUGAGAUUCAUGUAUGUUGUCACAUAUAUUAGUAUAUAUUCCUUCGUGUUUCCAAAUAGUAUUUCAUUGUAUAGCUAUACCAUAAUUCGUUUAUCGAUUUACCUGUUGGACAUUUGGGCUAUUUUUUAUUCUUGGCCAUCAUGAAUAAAACUGCUGUGAACAUGCUGCACA